CUAACAAGAAUACGGACUUCACUAAUAAUGCAGAUUAGGUGUAAAAUUUUGAGUUAGUGGAGCAUGAUUUGUUUGUGACGUUUAAGAAAAAUAAAGAAAGUAUUUAAAAAUAGAUAUGUGAUCACAUUUUGCGUGUGCAUGUUUGUACCCAACACCUACGAAAGAUGAAAUAGCUGUAGUAAGUCCUGCUGCUUAUAAUGUCAUGAAAGCUGUCAUAUGAUGGAGAGGGUGCACAAACUACAUGAAGUGCGCCCAUCUCUCAGCCAGAUCACACACACAGAGUUCCAUCAUGGCCACAGCCGUCGAUAUCUACGAUGUUUUGUAGCAUGUUUCGUGUUCUUAUUCUUUCUGUUAAUGCUGUAUGUCCCAGCAUAUCAUCAGACUCGUACACGCGAAGACCAAAUACACAUUGUAAACAUUCCGGGCUGGUCUCUAAAUACAAGCAGAGAUUUGAAGCUGUAUGUGCUGCCAGAGAAUUUGACAGCAAUUAUUCCUCAGCCAGAUAUAUGUAGUGAAAAGCUAUUCCUCCUCAUUGUUGUGUGCUCAGCUGUUGGUAACUUUGAAGCUCGAUCAGCAAUCAGGCAGACAUGGGCAUCUGCAUCUGUUGUUACUGAAAAAGCUAGUGCUAUAAGAGUAGCAUUCCUACUGGGUGAAUCGGAAAACAAUACUCUGCAGGAACAAGUUGAGGAAGAGAGCAUUAAACACAGUGAUAUAAUCCAAGAAGGCUUUUUGGACACAUACAACAACUUGACUUUAAAAAGUGUCAUGUUACUGAAAUGGACUGUUACAAACUGCCCGUCUGUUCGUUACAUUAUGAAAACAGAUGAUGAUAUGUUCGUCAAUAUUGAAAGCCUUGUACGCUUGCUUCGUUCUAAAGGUUCAACUGGUUUGUUGAUUGGUGCUCUUAUUUGUGGUGCACAUCCAAUAUCGGAUUCGCAUAGUAAGUGGUAUGCUCCGAGAUAUAUGUAUCCUGGAAGAGUUUACCCAAAUUACCUGUCAGGCACAGGAUACGUAAUGUCAAACGAUGUUAUGAAACGACUGUACAAAGCCGCUCUGCAGACGCCACUCUUCCAUUUGGAGGAUGUAUAUGUGACAGGACUGUGUUCCAAAGCAGCAGGCAUACGUCCACGUGAUCAUCCAGCUUUCACAUAUGCACGUCGUCGAAUUGAUCCUUGCUUGUUGCGUGAUCGUUCAGUUAUCACCAGCCAUCGCAUGGAUAGUGCUCAGCUUCGGAAGAUUUGGCCUCGCAUCCGGGAUCCAAAUCUUGAUUGCUCAAGUUUCACUGCAUCGCAGAAACCAAGUUCCAGACCCAACAAGAAAACAGCAAAAGUGAGGCGUCCAGUAAAUAAAUGUGUUUAAUUACCUGUAUAUGUGGACAUGAUUAGUCAGGAAAUGUCUUGGUUGUGAUACUGCUGAAUUGGUGUGAACAUGUGUGUUUAUUUUGUGUGUGUGCUAUCUUUCUUGUCAUGCUACCAUUAGGAUUAUUUGCGAAAUUUCUCUUCACGUUUCAGUGAUUUAUUUGAUUUUAAACAAAACAGAAAAUUGUUGGCUGUAUAUGUUACAGAACACUAAGUUUUUUUAAGUAUGAGAUUACAUAUUUUUUAUGCAAAAACCUAAGGUACUCAGUCAUAAGCUCUCCAGUACUGUAGGAAGCUGAUUGAGGGAUUUUGUCAGAUUUGUAAUUCAGUUUGCACAAAUAUUUUGGUCCCAGCAAAUGAUAGGGACAAAUAGUAUUAGUCCACUGUUUCUGUUGCAUUUUGGACACCAUUGCCUGAACUAGUCGUACAAAGUAUGAAAUAAUGGAUGCAUUGACGAUGUGUAACCAAGCAAACAUUUUAUAGUAUUUAUGCAUUCAUAUUUUUUUACAGGAAGACAUUGAGCAUUGCAGUGAAAUGAAGUGAGACUGGUUGGAAUUAAAAUUUUGUGAAAGAAAGAAAUGAUCAAUUGAUGCUUCAGUCUGCCAUACACUCUGAGAGUAAUUUACCAAAUUAAAUUUCAUAUCAGAUUUACUAUUUAGCUAACAGUACCAUAUUAUUGUUGUGGUUGUUUUCUUAAAUCUUUUAUAUUUGACCUAAGCUCAAGCAACUGGCAAUCACAACAUAAAAGGUUAUUCUCUUACUAACAUUUGAUUUUGCAAUUAUUUAUUUAUUUAUUUAUUUAUUUAUUGCUAUUUUAGGCUUCUGUUGUUUUUUUCCCCUGCAUAUCAGUAAUUUUUAAAAAAAACCUCAGAUAUUAAAAGUAAGGUGACAAAAAAUUAGAGUUUCAGAAGUCUUAAGAAAGAUAACAUGUGAAAAUUUUUGGAAUGUGGUACUGUAGAGCACCACUUUUAUUUUUAGAAAAAGGGUGUAUGGCAAAUUUGUGGGACUAUUGCUUUUUUCUUUCAUUGUACUCUGACAAUAUUGUUUGCUAAUUGUGUUCCAUAAAAACAGAGUUGUGAAUAUACAAAUGCAACAGUAUUACUAUUCCGUUGUUCCUAAGUAUCAUAGUCAAUAAUUUUUAAAUUAACUGUGGCAGUUUGAACACAACUACGAGUGUUCCUUGUAUACAUUUUAAUGCAAGUAAUUUAAAAAAAUCUCCUUCGUGUUGCAACUGCGAAGUUGAAUGAUUCUCUUUGUUAUUUUUCUGGUUUCUUUUUCAUGUACUGAUAUUUGCAAUUUCAUCUCU